AUGUCCUCCAUCCGCUUCAUGUGCCAUUUCUGCCGCGGGCCCCUGAAGCGGACUAGUUCCUCGGAGACCUUGGGCCUUGACCUCAGCCAAGAACCUGCAGCUUCGAAAUUCCCCUCAGCCCAGGGGGAGCCAGGAGCAGCUCCGGAGGAAGGCUCUGCCUCCGGGAUGGAGACAGACCUUGAAGAGCUGCAGGAGAGUGCCUCUGGCUGGACCACCCUUAGUGAGGACGAGAUUUCCUGGUCCAGGCCCAGCAACUUCACCCUGCUCGGGGAGCUGGGCUCUGUGGGGACUCUCAGUAGCAUCCACAGAGCCACGAGCGGUGUCUUUGACAUCCUAGCCGGUGAAGAGCUGGGCCACCCCGUGUGCGAGGGCUGUACUGACAACCUUCUGGAGCAGCUGGACACCCAGCUCAGGGCCUCAGAAUCUGACAUUCAGGACUACCAGCGCUGUUUGGAGACCAGGGAUGGAUUAAGUGAGGACGAGAGGGAGACACUGCAGGAGGAGCUGAAGGCCGUGGAGCUGGAGGAAGCGAGGCUGGUCCAGGAGCUGGAGGAGGUGGAGAAGAACCGAGAACAGGGAGCUGUGGCUCUGGAGGCAGCCCGGGCAGAGACGGAGACGCUGGAGCAGCAGGAAAGGCAGUACUACAGGGACCUCAGUGAGCUGCAACGGCAGCAACUGGAACUGCAGGAUGAGCUGUGCAGCGUGGAGGACCGGCUGCUGUACGCCCAGACCCAGCUCACCCGGCUGAAGAGAACCAACGCCUUCAAGGCCGCGUUUGAGAUCUGCUGUGAUGGCCCCCUGGCCAUCAUCAAUAGUUUCAGGUUGGGCUGCAACCCCACUGUCCCCUGGAGCUGGAGUGAGAUCAACGCAGCCUGGGGGCACACGGCCUUGCUGCUCCUGGCCCUGUCUAACACAGUCGGCCUGCAGUUUCAGAGGUACCGGCUCAGCCCGUGCGGAGACCACUCCUAUCUGAAGUCCUUAACAGACGCCUCCGUGGAGCUGCCUUUGUUCUGCACGUCGUGGCAGAGCGCUCUGGUGGAUAACAAGUUUGACGAGGCGAUGGUGGCCUUCCUGGACUGCAUGCAGCAGUUCAAGGAGGCAGCGGAGAAGGGGGAGCCCGCCCUCUGCAUGCCCUACACCAUCCACGUGGGGGACGGCCUGAUGGGAGACCCGGGAGCCGGUGAGUUCUACUCCAUCAGAACCCGCCUGAACACGGAGGAGCGGUGGACAAAGGCACUCAAACUCAUGCUUACAAAUUUUAAGUGGAGUCUCGCUUGGGUCUCCUUAAGGUAUCCUCACAAGUAAGUUUAUUUGAACAUUAUGCUAAGUGAAAUACGCCAGUCAGAGAAAGAACAAACGAUAA